ACACGUUAAUUAACAAACUUUACCCCUUUUCCCGCUUUCAUCCCCACAAAUAAUCAAUCUCCGAUCACAUCCAAUUUCUCAAUCCUCUAACAAUGUCUUCAUCACAUUCAAUUAUUCAGCUACCAAUUCUCGAAACUGAAACUAUAGAUACAGCCAGAACCUAUAACGAUCUCUGCUACGAUUUAUCGUCUCUUCAAGAUCUCGCUUGUCGUGGAGCAUGGAGAUCGAUUCUCGAUAAAGUAAGUCAAGCACGAACUAGAUCUCUCUUAUCUAAACCACACGAACAUCUCGUGUAUCUAUCGUAUAAUGUAAUCGCUCUUACAAAACUACGUCGUUUCUCUGAAGCAAUUAAUGAGCUAGAUUUAGUUGAAAAAGGAUUAGAUAUAUAUAGAUACGAAACUUAUCCGCAUCAUUAUCCUAAUCGAAAAGGCUCCAUGGCUCCAUUCGUGUUACGUUGGCUACACGCUGAGUUACCUUCUAGGUUAGGAAAACGUCAGGAAACGUUAGAUCGGUUUUAUGUAUUGUUACAGUUUAUUAAAGAGAAAUUAAGUCGUAAUUUGACAAACGAGUCACGAAAAGUCUGGAGGAAACGGAAGUGUUUAGUGAUUAAUUCGAUAAUUAGUCAUCAUUUAAGUUAUAAAGAGUAUGGAGUGUGUUUGAAUUUGAUUAAGGAUUUGUUAAAUAAUUAUGAAUCAAGUGAUGAUAAUUAUUCUGGUGGUAAGGCAGUUUUGAUGUCGAAGUUAGGGUAUAUACAGAUGCAAUUUGGGGAUCUAAAAGGCGCGAAGGAGACUUUUCGUGUGAUUGAGGAAAUUGUGAAAGAAGAAGGAACAGGGGAAAAAAUUGAGAUGAAAAACUUGGUGAAUAGGAAUAAGGCGUUGAUGUUUAUGGUCGAAAAGGAUUAUGUAUCGGCGGUUAGGGAGUAUCAGGAAUGUAUUGAUAGAGAUGGUUCAGAUAUGAUUGCUAUCAACAAUAAGGCGCUUUGUUUGAUGUAUAUGCGCGAUUUGUCUGAUUCUAUCAAGGUCAUGGAGAACGCGUUGGAGAGGAUUCCUACGUCUGCGUUGAACGAGACAUUCGUGGUGAAUUUGUGCAGUAUGUAUGAGUUGGCUUAUAUUAAUCAUUCGGAUAUUAAGAAAACACUUGGUAGCUGGAUUGCUCGUGUAGCGCCUGAUGAUUUUGAUACUUCUUGUACUCGGAUAUGAGCAGACAUGCUGACAUUCUUUUGAUGGUUAGUAUUCUUAAGAAAUCGAUUUCUUUUUACCAAAAUUUUUGGGUGUAAAAGUGAGUGAAGUACGUGUGAACAGUAGGAGAUGGUCUAAGGCAUAUUCGAGGUAACUUUCUAAGUUAUAACCAAAAGUUUAUGGGUCUCGUCUGAUUGGGGACAAUUAUGGGAAUAAUGUAAAGUAAAGUAACUCCCAAUGUUGUUUUCUACAUGUUUUGGGUCUUAAUACCGUCUUCAAUGGUGUAUGGGGAGGUUGAGAUGUAGGCAGCCUUACCCCUACUAAAGGUAGAGAGACUGCUUUCAUGUUCUACCAUAGGUAGAAAAGGACCUCCAGCCUUGCUGGGCAUGAAGAUCGAACUUUUAACCUUUUUUUCCAGAAACAAAAGCUCCAACCAUUGAUCCAACCCGUUAACUAUGUAAAUAAUGUGAUGAAAUGAAAUAAUCACCUUCAAAAGAAUUCUUUACAUAAAAAUGCAAUUUCUCUUUGACUGUU